AUGGCAAACGUGAAUCCGCUGUCCAACCCCAAAGGAGUGAACCUGUGUCAGAAACCUGCUUUGAUCCAGUGUACUAAAUGCACAGUCACCUUCUACCGUGACUCGGACCAUCAGCGCACGGACAGGGUGGUCAUCCAUGAGCAGAUCUGCCAGCUGCUGCUCCCGGUGAGAACCGCUCUGCCCUUCAAGAGCCUGUGCAAGGAGAGGGAGCACCAGCAGGCACAGCUCCUGCAGAGACAGAAGCACCUGAUCGAGCUGACUCAGGCUGCAGCCCGGAAGAAGCUGUGCAGGGGGCGUCACGAGGAGGCGGUGCCAGCAGCCAUGCAGUGUCUGCACUACUCCAUAGUGGUGCACGGCCUCAGCACCCUCCCGCUCGUACUGUCCUACCUGCUGCUCACAGAGGCCAACAUAGGUACAGGUCACCUCCAGCAGGCAGAGGAGUACUUGUCUCAGGCUCAGUGGACUGUGCUAAAGAGAUCGGAGUGCAGCAGCUCCAUUCUCCACAAGCUGCAUGGAAAGCUGGGCCUGCUGUACGCCGCCAAGGGGGAGUUCGAUAAUGCCCUGCAGCACCUGGGAAAUGAUAUUUACUAUGCUAGUGAAGAGUUUGGAACCGACAGCAUCGUCACAUCUGGGGGCUACUUUCACAUGGCCAAUGUCUUCUUCCGGCAGAGCAAAAUGAACGUUGCGGACUCCCUGUACACAAAGGUAACAGAUAUCUGGAGCACUCGCCUGAGUCGGUUGGUGCAGAGUCCCUCUCAGAGUCCCAGCCUACCUUCAGCCAGCCCCGCCUCCCCUGAUGAAGCUCUGGAUAACGCUAAGGAAGCUGAGGCUGUCCAGAUGUUGAACGCUAUCUUUGAUAUCCGAGAGCAGGCUCAGAAACAGGACCCUGCUGCCCUUGCCAACGCCUCCUGCACCCUCGCCAUGCUCUGCUAUAUGCGCAAGGAUCUGGAUAGGAACCCUACAGGAUAACAGUGAGGCUGUGAGUGCCAGAGACCCACCCAGAGAGCAAUUACUCUGCAUCCUCCC